AUGCCUAAGCAAGUCGUCAUCCUCGGCGGUGGUCCCGCCGGCGUCAACAUCGCCCACAAGAUCCUCAAGCGCAGCCUACCCACCCUAGCCGAUCUCAAAGUCAUCCUCGUCUCCCCCAACACCCACACCUACUGGCCCGUCGGUGCCGUCCGCGGCGUCAUCCCCGGCGAGUUCGCCGACGACAUCCUCUUCCACCCCAUCCAGGCCGGCUUCGCCAAGUACAAGCCCGACAACUUUGAGUUCCUCGAGGGCAAGGCCACCGCCCUCGACGUCGCCGCCAACUCCGUCCAGGUCGAGACCCCGCCGGCGGCGUCCAGACCUUGCCCUACGACCAGCUCAUCGUCGCCACCGGCGCCCGCACCGCCUCUGGUGUGCCUCAAGGUCGGCGCCGCCAAGACCAUUGUCGUCGCCGGCGGUGGGCCCGCGGGCGUAGAGACCGCGGGCGAGAUCGCCGCCAAGUACGGCGCUGAGAAGAAGGUCACCCUCGUCGUCGCCGCCGACGCUCUCCUCAAGGGCUGGAAGCCCGCCGUCGGUCAGGCCGCUGAGGCUAACCUCAAGAGCCUCGGCGUCACGGUCAUCAAGGGCGCGCGCGCCACCACCGCGUUCGAGAACAAUGGCGCCGUCGGCGAGGUCGCCCUCUCCAACGGCGAGACCAUCGCCACCGACCUCUUCAUCCCCUCGUCGGCGUCCCUUGCCCAGGACAAGUCCCUGCGCGUCUCCGGCACCAAGAACGUCUGGGCCGUCGGCGACGUCGGCAGCCUCGAGACCAAGCAGCAGCUUCGCAUCGAUCCCCAGGUCGCCAGCCUGUGGAAGAACGUCGAUGCUGCCCUGCGCGAUCCCGCCGCCGUGCCCUCCGACCACAAGCUCUUUAGCUGGUUCGCCUCCAUGGUCAAGGGCAAGACCCUGUUUACCGAACACUCGGCCGCUUACAUGAAUGGCGGCAAGGCGUAG